UGACUGAUGUAGCGGAAUGAAUCGUCGCAUGCGUCUUGAAGUCGAGACGUGAAGCCGCGAGAUUGGGAAUUGAGCGGUGAAAUUUCCGUCGUAGAGGCAUCGAAAUUGUCGCCCUUCCGAAUAGAGUUCGUCAUCGGUGUCCACACAGUGCUUAUAGCUUGACUGCGCGAGAGUGCAUCGCAUUGGCAUCGAUCAUCGCGUGUCAUCUCAUGCGCAAGGAAGAUGUGGCCUGGUGGGUGUCGCAACAUCUUCGGCGGAGAUCUGGUGCGCUCGGAGCACAGUUAGCGCGUUGCAGUUGGGCGCCUCCGAGGUUCCGACGCAUUUGCAUCGCCACACCACGACCGAGCUUCUCCUCAUCCCGAGACUGCGCAAUGCCCACCACUAUUGAUGUUGCUUUCUACAACAUUACUUCGCGACUGCAGACUCCAGGAUGGAUAGCAUCCAUGCUAUGCGCGGAAAUCCAAGCCCAGCAGCAAAAUCGCUGCGUUGGAAGGAUCUGGUGGCUGGUCUCUCGAUGACGAAUCUAUGCAGCUUACGCUACGUUCGCCACGUCACGUGUAGUCGUGUCGC